AUGAUUUUUUAUCACCUUGAAAUCAGGGAUUUCUUUUCAGUGACUCAACCAGUAAUCAGCCACUGUCUGGCCAGGAUUCCACUCCUCGCUCAUGUUAGCCAUGUAUUGGCAGAUUCCCAAAAAGGCCUCCAACCAGUCCAGCUCUUGAUCAGAAGCCGGGGAAAGGCUAUCUUUGGCGGCCACCUUAUGGACAUACGGUUCUUUCUUGAAAUAUGGCUCUUGUUGUUUGGCGCCAGAAAGUCGUUUUUUCUUAUAAGGGACUCGCGACAAUGGAGUUUCCUCUGCACCAUUUAUGAUGCUGCGCGGGUAGACCAAAGGUAA